AUGGGUUUACUCAAUUGGUUUUCAGGUAAUGGUGAUGAUGACGCACCUGUUGCCAACAGACAACAACGUGAACAAUGUUGGGAAUCAAGAGAUUUGUUUUUCAAAUGUCUGGAUAAUGUCGAUAUAAUCGAUGCAAAUGAUAAGAAAAAUAAAGAUAUUAUUAAAAAAAACUGUAAUAUUGAAGAAUCGAAUUUUGAAAAAGAUUGUGCAAAAUCUUGGAUAUCGUAUUUCAAAGAUAAAAGAAUAUCAGACUAUAAAAAAUUAAAAUUUAAAGAAGAGAUGGACAAGAUUGGUGCACAACCAAUAAACCUGUCACCACAAGAAUUUUCAGGUAUGAAAAAAUAA